GCUGGAAAGUCUGAAACCAGAAGAGCAGAGGCUCUUAGAGCACAACAAUAAUGAGCAUGGAUUUAAAAGCUCAUCUUCUGAGAUAAUAUUGUAUUCGGUUUAUCAUUACAUUAAGUUUCUUGCUGCAGAACAAUUUUAUAAAAUUUGUUCCCCGCCGGAACAUUAUAGAUGUGGCACGGGAGCGAUGGGAAGAUGGCGGCGGCCAUGCUACAAAUGUCAUGUUUGUACCGGGGGAUGCUAGCGGUUAGGGCCACCGGUAUUAGGACGCUGAUCCCCGGUCUGGUCCCGGUGCAUUUCCGAGCCUUCUCCGUGCGGAAGGAGCCGGAGCUGGAGGCGAACCCGUAUUACAGCAAGUACCAGGACAAGAUCCAGAAGCUGCGCAGUGCCAAACCACAGGAGUACAAGGCCCGGCUGGAUAAACGCCAUGAGGCCAAGAAGGAGGCGCUCGGACAUUCCGAGCAGGCUGAGUUCAUCAGACACAUGGAGAAGGAGUUGGAGGAAAGGGACAAGAUUGCUGCUGGAGCAUCUGGAGGAUUCACAAAGAACAAGACACUGGACUCCAUCCUCAACCUGGCGAUGAUCCAGGACAAGACGGGGGAGGAGAUUGCAGAGCUUUGGAUGAAAUAUUACUCGACUAAGGACACGAUCAGCGCUGUCAUCCCUACACAGAUCUACGAGGUGAUGAUCAGCAGGUCAGGGUCGUGUCCCAUGUUCCUGUAUGCUCUGCCUCAGAAGGAGGGUUACGAGUUCUUCGUGGGUCAGUGGUCGGGACACGAGCUCCACUUCACCUCCCUCAUCAAUGUCCAGAUGCUGGGUGAGAACGCUCCCAGUCAGCUGAUCCUCUACCACUACCCAGACCUGAAGGAGGAGAAGGGCGUGGUCCUCAUGACAGCUGAGAUGGACCCCAAGUUUAUAACUGUCCACCAGGCGCAGUGCUUGGCCAAUCAGGUGCAGCUGUUUUACAGCACACAGAGGCAGGAGACGUACCGCCUGGUGGAGAUGUUUAACCACCACCCAGCAGACUUCAAACACAUGUCAGUGAUAGCAGAGCUGGAACAGAGCGGCUUGGGGCCGGCAGUGCCUCCUGGAGGGUCAUAGAGCCUGGAGAUGGACUGAAGUCUCCGUCAAACCGCCAGCUGGCUGAUUCCCAGGGACUGUAUUUCUUCUUUUAAAUACGCAGAGAUGUGCAUCUUAGCUUAACACUUUCCAUUUGGGAUAUACCUGUUCUUCAUACUGUGUAUAAAGUCUGCAGCUGUGAUUUAAGUCAAAGAACUUUUACAGGAGCAUGAGUAGCUUCUCAUGAACCCAUGAACUCUGUCUGGGACUUGAUAAUCUACUACACAUCUUUUCAUUCAUCAAGCAAAGUAUGUGGUAAACAUCAGUCCAUUAUUUAAUAAAUAACACUGUGGCUUACUCUCUAUCAGACUGGACCCCAAAAACGCAUAACCGUUAAUAAAUCAUCUUUACUGAA